GCGGCGCACUGCGCAUGCGGGAAGAUGGCGGGCCUGGCGUCCUGAGGUCCGCGGGUCACCUAGCUCGCCUCCCGCCUGCGUUCUUGCUCCCGGGGUCGUGGGGGCAGCGGCGCGUCCCUCUGCAGGCCGGCCUAGCCAGGCGGCGCCUCCGAUCAGGGCCAGGGACCCGGUUCGUGCUUGGCCCCCGGGACCCGGUGUGCUGGGGGCGGCGCCCGACCCGAGCGGGAGAAGGCGGGAGAGCUCGCGGGGUGCGAGGGCGAGGGGCGGCCGGCUGGGCAGCAUGAGUCAGCAGCGGCCGGCGCGGAAGCUGCCCAGCCUGCUCGUGGACCCGGCGGAGGAGACGGUUCGCCGCCGGUGCCGGGACCCCAUCAACGUGGAGGGGCUGCUGCCAUCAAAAAUAAGGAUUAAUUUAGAAGAUAAUGUACAAUAUGUGUCCAUGAGAAAAGCUCUAAAAGUGAAGAGACCUCGUUUUGAUGUAUCACUGGUUUAUUUAACUCGAAAAUUUAUGGAUCUUGUCAGAUCUGCUCCUGGGGGUAUUCUUGACUUAAACAAGGUUGCAACAAAACUGGGAGUACGGAAACGAAGAGUGUAUGACAUCACCAAUGUCUUGGAUGGAAUUGAUCUGGUUGAAAAAAAGUCUAAGAAUCAUAUUCGAUGGAUAGGAUCAGAUCUUAGCAAUUUUGGAGCCAUGCCCCAACAGAAGAAGCUGCAGGAGGAACUUUCUGACUUGUCAGCGAUGGAAGAUGCUCUGGAUGAGUUAAUUAAGGAUUGUGCUCAGCAGUUGUUUGAGUUGACAGAUGACAAAGAAAAUGAAAGACUAGCAUAUGUGACGUAUCAAGAUAUUCAUAGCAUUCAAGCCUUCCAUGAACAGAUUGUUAUCGCAGUUAAAGCUCCAGCAGAAACCAGAUUGGAUGUUCCAGCUCCCAGAGAAGAUUCCAUCACAGUGCAUAUAAGGAGCACCAAGGGGCCCAUUGAUGUUUAUUUAUGUGAAGUGGAGCAGGGUCACUCAAGUAAUAAACGGUCGGAUGGUACCUCCUCAUCUAAAAGCAAACAUCCAGAACACCCUAAUAAAGAAGAAAAUCCUCCACAGCAAAAUGAAGAAUUGCUCGAAGUGAGCAACUGAUGGCGUCUGAGGAUUGGUGUGCUGGGUCCUGUUGGAACAUUCUGCGUGGAUGAAUUCUACUUCAGAUGUGAUUCUCAGAGCAAUAAAUCAUCCCUGACGUUUCUCAUUCUCAGUAGCAGCAGUCAGGCCAGUAGUACCUUUGAAUAGUUCACUACUUAGAUUACUGGAUGAUUAUGGUUUCCGCAUUUGAAAACAACUCUUUUUAUAAUUAUUCACUGCUUUUUGUCAGUGAAAUAGACAUCUUGCCUCCUGAAAUUACUGAAUCACAAAAAAUUAUCACUGAAAGACAGGCAGGCUGGAUGGACGGUUCUUCGUGGACUCUGCCCUUUCCUGCACGGAUCAUGUGUUGUUAUCAUGAGAGAAAUUGCCUUACACGGGUUCAUGUCUGCAAUGGAUGGUGUACACACACUCUGGACGUGAUGUCUUUGUAUAUAUUUGUAUAAUGUUUAGAUGACUUAUGAAAUAUGUCUGAGUGAAACUUUUCACCCUUGUACAGCCGAAAUAAUGUAUAUAUGGAAAGUAGCAGACAUAUUCUCUAACUUCUGUGGUAUCUGUAACUUAUUAGAAUCCUCUGAAUGAGGGUUAGAGGCAAGUUUUUUCCUAAUUUCUACAUGUAGAAGUAUCAUAAAUAUGCUACACAUUUGAAGUUCAUGGAUUUAAUUAAAGCAUUUCAAUGAGGUUCCCAGUGCUAAAAUUGGACUUCAAGCUCCCUACAGAGCCAUCGUGUCUGAGCAGACUGGUGGCACACCCCAAGCUUUGGGGGCAAGUGUAGAAAUGCCAUCACGUCAUGACUUAAUUCCUUGCAAGACAUGAAUUCAAUCAUGGUAAAAACUGCAAAGUAUUUUAACCUUUUUUGCAAGCAGAUUUUGUGAUGUGUUUCUGUAAGCAGCCUUGCCCUUCAGUCAGAGGGGUUUCCUUACGACGUGCUAGUUGUCCCCUACCCUCUCUCCCGCUCUUGUCCCACAUUUCCAAGUACCUAGCUCUUUCUACCUCAUGGGUAAGUCAUUUACCACUGUGCCUCAGUAACUCAGUAGUUUACCAUUAGACUGUGAGCUCCUUGGGGGAUUGUCUUAAUCAUUGUUAAACCCAACGCCUUGCACCAUCCCUGGCACAUAAAAAGUGCUCAGUAAACAUUUGAACAAAUCAGUGAGUGAGUGCUUGGGUGCGUGAGUGAAUUGUAAAAUUAAUAAUAAUACUUGGCUUGUCUACCAUACAAGGUUCUUGUGUCAUUCAGAUUCAUAUUUUAAACUUCUCUUGCUUUUAAAGAAAGAAUUGAAGCAACUUGAAAUUAAGACCAUGUAUAAAGAGUUAGCAUGGGAAUCAAAAAUCAAAAUAUUGAAAAAUAAUGCUGAGAAUUUAGGAUUUGCAUACCCUUGAGCUCCAGUGGCUUUCGCCAGGCCUAUCCCUCCGCUGAGCACCAGCCUCCUCCCUCCUCACCGUCCCUGUCGGCUGCUUCUGUGAGCCUGGGACCGCCCGUCGUGCACCUCAUCUCGGGCACACGUGGUGAAUGUCAGAGCUCAGGCAGAAGCUGUGUGUCUGUAGGUCAGGUGCUCCCCGGGCUGCCCCAGCUCCGCACCGUAGACUUGGCAGAUGUCGGUUUAUCUGCAGUGGCUGAAACCUGGGGGUCGAUGAGGUCGCCUGAAGAGAGGGCCCAGCAGGAGAACAGGAGAGGACCGAUGACAAGUAUUUUAAGGGGAAAUACAGGAGAAAAGGCUUUCCUGAGAAGGAAGAGUGAGAGGAGGGGAGAAACGACUAGAGAAGGUAGUGCCUUUCCACAGGUGACAGCGGCGUCUCAGAGCAGCAGUUCCUCACUUGUGAAAUGUGACAUAUUUCCACUUCGCAGAUUGUUCUGAGAGUAACAUGAGAUCAUGUAAGCGACAGUCCUUUGUAAACUGUAGACGUGUUCUAUAAAUGAAGAUGCUCUCCAUCGCUCUGA